AUGCCACCGAACUACGGCGAAGCGGAGUAUGCAUUCCAUCGACUGCAAAAAGAGGUCGGGUCUUCGUGGACUCUUCAUAUCGUAGAUGAACGCCGUCAGAAGCAAGUGAAGCUACACCGUGCAAAGCUGCUGAAGUCUCUGCACUACGAGCAGAUGAACUCCAGACUUGAGAAUAUCAGAGACGCUCAGAGGAAGACAUGCGAAUGGCUGCUGGGACAUUCUUCCUUCACAGCCUGGACUCAGGCUCAUACGCAAUCGGAUCGGCAAUUUUUGCUCUGGCUUAGUGGGAAGCCAGGAGCAGGUAAGUCUACGUUGAUCAAAUACGCUUACGCUCAUGCGAAGAGAGCCGAGGCGGAGAACGAAAUCUUGGUAGCGUUCUUCUUCCAUGCUCGAGGCACUGAGCUGGAAAAGAGCGUCGUUGGGAUGUAUCGCGCUGUGCUGCACCAGAUUUUCGAAGCAGCUCCCGAUCUCCAACACCUUCUGGACAAUAUGGUUGAGCGCACGGAACUCACAUGGCCACUUGACCGGCUGCAACGCCUCUUGUGGGCUCUUGUAGAUAGCCUCGGAAGUCGACGUCUGAGAUGCUUUGUCGACGCACUAGACGAAUGCGACGAAGAAUCCAUCCGAGAUAUGGUGAACUUCUUGGACGAGCUUGCCCAAGAAUCAGAACGACUUUACAUUUGCUUUGCCAGUCGCCAUUACCCAACCAUCAGCAUCCGUGGCCGGCGCAAGAUGAUUCUGGAGGAUGCGACGGGGCAUGGCAGGGACUUGGAAAUGUACGUUCAGAGACGGCUCGAGGUUGGCGACGGACAGCCAGCGGACAAUAUCCGUAGGCAGCUGUUGAAAAAGGCGAACGGCGUCUUCAUGUGGGUCGUUCUGGUUGUCAAGAUCCUCAAUAAAGAAUAUUCUGGAGGUCGAAUCUUCGCGUGGGUACUCUACGCCGCGCGACCACUGCGUGUUGAAGAGUAUUACUUCGCAAUCAUCAAUGGUCUUCGAAUGGAGGAUCGAGAGGCCGAGAGUCUUGGACCCUGCGAACCGGGCGAAGUCACGAUCGAUGAUAUGAAGCGCUUCGUAACCAGUUCUUCCAAAGGCCUUGUUGAGACUGCAGGAUCAGAGCCAGAAACUGUCCAGUUCAUCCACGAAUCAGUCCGCGACUUCUUAUGCAAGUUUGGGAGUCUGGGCGAUCUUUGGCCUGAGGCUGGCGAUCAGUUGGCGAAAUCCUCAGGGCAUGAUCGACUCAAAGAUUGCUGUCACAAGUAUCUGAUUACAAGCUACCAAUAUCCUUGGUUCCGACAAUGGCCUAACAGAACGAACGAGGCUGAGCUCUUGCGGUCACAGUUCCCGUUCCUCGAAUAUGCGACCCAAUGCAUCCUGCUUCACGCCGAUAAAGCCGCAGUGACAAUCGAACAGCGGACAUUUUUAAGCAAACUUGCGCUCAGUGAUUGGAUCCACGCUUCAGACGCAGUGAAGCGAGAUGGCGGCUUGCGCCACGGCGAAAAUGCGUCUCUGCUUUCCUAUCGCGCGCAGCGAAAUCUGGAUCAUCUACUCACAGACAUCAAUCAUACAGACCCAUGGCAGCAUUUUCCACAAGAAAGAUACCAGUAUGCUCCGUUGGUCGCCUUUGCGUACGGAUGUCGAGAAGCCCUGCAAGCUCUGAUGCCAGAUGUGGAAGCUCAAGUCAUGAGGAUAUGUCGACAAGCCCGAACUUCGGCAGAGCAGGCUGGAAAUGCGACGUCCCUACUACGAAGCCUCGAAGAUUCUGCGGAUUUCCUCCUGAUGGCCUGGGACAACGGACCGACACAUGUCUUCCACAGAAUUUGCGCGAAGAUACUCGAUGCUGCGGGCGACUAUCUUUCAGCACUCGCCAUCGUUUUGCUCUUCGCAGCGGCGAGAUGUCAUAUGCCCGAUGCAAUCCCCAUCCUCUUCGAGCAGCAUCGAUUCGAACGGCGCGCUCACGACAGCCGCUGGAGCUCUCGACUGCAAGAAGUACAAGUAUUAUGGUCAUGGAUUUGUGCACCUUUGCUCAAGACGUCGUUCUCGUAUCUGCUCGUCCGCUGCGAUCUUUCUGCUCAACCUCAGCGGACGGCCUCUCUGCGGCAGUUCAAGCGACCAGCCGCCUUUGAACACGCCUCAUGGACAGUCACGGAGCUGACUCUGGGUCUCUGUACAGCCGCAGCGGGGAAGAAUGCGGGGUUGAAGGCGGCGGGGAAGAUGCAGGAUGGGGUGAUGGCGGUUCGAGGAGGAAGCGGCAGCGUCGGUUCACGGCCUCUGAGCGAGCACGACAUCGGGUCAUUGAGAAGGAACGGCGUGAGGCUUUUGGUGCUCAUCUUCUGGUACGCUGACCAGCGUCAACGUGCUCUCCACAGCCCAUUACACGAUUGCUGA